AUGAUGCGAAACGCCAUUUUCCGAUCUACCGCUACUGCCGUAGCUUCAUCUUCAGCCAGACCGGCUGCUCGACUCGGUUUCGCCUCCAGGCCGAUCUUGGCUAAUGCGCAAGCUCGAAUGCAAAUGAAUGUUCAAAGAGGUCAAACGAGGAUGUACCAUGAGAAAGUAAUUGAUCAUUAUGAGAACCCAAGGAAUGUUGGUAACCUUCCAAAAGGUGAUCAAGAUGUCGGAACAGGACUCGUUGGUGCACCAGCCUGUGGAGAUGUCAUGAAACUUCAAAUCCGAGUAGGUGAAGAUGGUGUAAUCUCUGAAGUCAAAUUUAAGACAUUCGGCUGUGGAUCCGCUAUUGCCUCUUCAUCAUACAUGACUGAGAGAGUCAAGGGUAUGACUUUGGAACAAGCUGGUGCGGUCAAGAAUACUGAGAUCGCAAAGGAAUUAUCAUUACCUCCUGUCAAACUCCACUGCUCUCUUCUCGCUGAAGAUGCUAUCAAAUCAGCUAUCAAAGAUUAUCAAACCAAGCGAGCUAAGAGGCUCUCCACCGCCAACACCCCACCUCCUACGAUUGGAACCUCACCUUCCGUCGCAACCGCAUAA